AUUAACUAUAUUUAUUGGUUUUCUUUAUAUUUGGUGCUUAUGGUGGGUGUUUAGAAUUACUGUGAGGUCGGUGAAUGUGUUCCUUCCGUGGCUCCCUGUCAACACAUCCACGUGGGGCGGCAGAGGCGGCUGCAGUGCCUGGCCCACAUUUACCCGCCGAGACAAUGCCGAAAGCCCCAACACUGAAAAAAUGCCGGGUGCACCGAGAAGUGAGUCGGGUGAGCACCAAGGCGGGGGUGAAGGGGGCCAAGCCAGCCUCGGGGGCACCAGCGCAGGGCCUCGUCUUCAACACAGACCUUGGCCAGCACAUCCUCAAGAACCCUCUCGUCAUUACUUCCAUGCUGGAAAAGGCAGGACUCAAAGCAACGGACACGGUUCUUGAGGUGGGUCCUGGUACUGGUAACAUGACAGUCAAGCUUCUAGAAAGGGUGAAGCGAGUGGUGGCCUGUGAGAUAGAUUCAAGGAUGGUUGCUGAGCUGCACAAACGUUUCCUCUCCACACCGUACCACUCCAAGCUGGACAUCAGGAUAGGAGACGUGCUGAAGGCUGACCUGCCCACCUUUGAUGUCUGUGUGGCUAACUUGCCCUACCAGAUUUCUUCCCCCUUUGUAUUCAAGCUGUUGCUGCACAGACCGCUGUUCCGCUGUGCUGUGCUCAUGUUUCAAAAGGAGUUUGCUGAGCGACUGGUGGCUCGGCCAGGUGACAAGCUGUACUGCAGACUGACGGCCAACACACAACUGCUGGCCAAAGUGGACCACCUUAUGAGGGUUGGCAAAAACAACUUCCGGCCACCACCUAAGGUGGAAUCCUCCGUGGUGAGAGUUGAGCCCAAGAACCCAGUGCCUAACAUCAACUUCUCAGAGUGGGAUGGCCUCCUGCGUAUUGUCUUUGUAAGGAAAAACAAGACCCUCGCAGCAGCUUUCAAACAGUCAUCAGUGCUACAGACAUUAGACAAGAACUACAGAACUUGGUGCUCCCUACAAGAGAGGAAAAUCCCAGAAGAUUUCUCCAUAAAGGAUAAAGUAGAGGAUAUUUUGAUCAAUGGAAAGUUUGACAAGAAGCGAGCCAGACAGAUGGAUCAGGAUGACUUUUUAGCUCUAUUACAUGCAUUCAAUAAAGAAGGAGUUCACUUUGUAUAGGUUGUUAGUUUUGUUAGAUGAGUGUUUGAUCUAAAUUAAUGAUCAGGUUUAUAAUUAGACUUAUUGUUGUCUUUUAUCUUGUAUUUAUUUAUUUAUACACAUAAUUAGCUUUGUUCUGCAAGUGCUCAGGUGUGAGUAUUUAAAAACUAUCUAACAAGACAAGUAGUGUGCAGGAAGAAAAAUACUCUGCUCUGGCAUGGUCUGAGAGUGUUAGUGCCUUCACUUUUACAAUUUUGUGUCAUUUUGUGUUUUUGGAACUGGUGAGAAUCAAGUUUGCAAGGGAAUGGUUGGAAGGGAAGUUCUGUUGCCUUGGAGGCAGUGUGUUUCCUGAGUUUGUUCCGAAGUAAGAGUGUUGUGGUGUCUUGCCAAGUAUUAUCGGCGUUUGGAAUCCCUGCUUGUCACUACAUAGUGGUGUGUGGCGACUUGACUGAAGGGAGAAAUGGACCAAGUUUUUAUUCUGAACUUUAGUGCUCUCUUUCUUGGAAUGAAAAUAUACAGUAAAAAUGCUCCAAUAAUAGACCAGCUGUGUAAACUGAUUAGAUUGAAAGUUUUCAUCAGAAAAUAACAUUUAGCCAAUGAUCAUUCUUUACAUCUUGCACUUCACAUCGGUACCAUAUCAGUAUUUUCAGAGAGACACUUGCUUUUGAAACUUGAGUGCCAGGAAGCCAGUACAGAGUAGAGAGAGUAGGUGCUGGAGAUCUCAGAUAAUUUGCAUGGUCAAAGCUGUCAAUGUUUAAGCUGGUCUGUUAUGGUAAAGUUUCACUGUGACGUGUUAGUGAGCAAGGUAUUAAUUUCUUACCAUCAUUGUUAUUCAUUGUUGCCAAAGCACACUUGCCAGAGAAAAAUUAUCUUUACUUCUGCAUCUGUGAUACAUUCAUAUGAACUGUGGAGUCUGUUAGUAUCUUGUGGUGUACAGGAAACCUCAAGUAGGAAGUAAAACACAGAAAAAGAUAAUGCCAUGCCAGAUAAAAAUAAAACAGUUGAAGCAGGUGACUCAAGAAAGCUUAAACAGGUCAGAAACAAAAGACAAGAUAUUUUAUAGCAGUAACACUGGCUUAGUGAGGUGUUGCUGGAGUGAAGACAAUUUUUUCCUCUUUGCAAGUGUGUGCUACUUGUUGACGGAUUGUUAGGUUUAGGGUCUUGGUGCUAGUCACAGAUUAAGCCAUGUAUUUAUAUUCUUAAUUGUUUCUUGUCAUCAAAUUAAUUACUUUAUUUUUAUAAGUUUUUUUUUUUUAUUACAAUGAGGAUUAAUUUAUAUGAAGAAGAGUUUUUUCUCUCCUUUAAAAGUUACAUAACUUUUCUAAAUUCACAUAUUUUACAAGAGGAGGUAAGAUGUAUAUGCAAAAGAAAUUCACUCCUUGACUAAGUGGACACCAUACAGAUGUAUACUACAAUAGGAGCUUCAGUACACAGUGAAGAGUACUGUGGGUCCAUUGUUCUGGUCACAAACUGCAUCACAGUCAGACAUUCACCUUCCUAGUGGAUUCUCAGUUUAGUACUGUUUACUUCGAGACAUUGAGAACCCACAGAUGUAUACAUGAUCUCACACACACACACACACACACACACACACACACACACACACACACACACACACACAUUCAAGGGGUGAAGGUACUUUUGUUCAUAACACUCCUAGUGGGGAGGAUCCUGGGGUAAUUUAUUUGAUGGCAGGUAAUAAUGUCACGUUUAUGAAUCAUGAUGAGAGUUGGCAGCUGUUGUCAUGCCUACUGCUGGGGCUUUACUGGGUGAAUAGGAAUAAGAGUAAAAAGGAACGAGAGUGAGUUCCUUCAUUGUUGUGGUAGUUUGUAUUGUGUAAUUAACAAUGUAGAGAUGUACAUAUAGUGACACACCAGUGAAACCAUGUUAUAUAGAUAUAUUUUGAAUACAAGGUACAUGUGUAGGCUGCAGUCUCCUCCACAGUCACAGUUGUGGACAAAAAAAGAUCACCUUUCUCUUAAAUUUAUUGUGACUUGGUAAGCUGCUCCCCUCCACCAGUUAAGUGUCCACUCCCAUCCUCCUCUGCCUGUAUCGUUUCCCUACCCUCCAUUACCCUACCUCAUGUGGCUUGCCACACAGGAAAGGGCUAAAUAGAGUAAUGGGCAAUAUUUUUGUCCACAACUGAACAUUUUGUCUGGGUACAGGGAUAAAUUAUAAUACCAGUUCAGCAUUAUAGCAAAGAAGCCAUGGCAGAGAAAUUAUAGGAAAGUUGUUGGAAUUAUCAUGUAAAUUCAUCUUAUUUUCACAUCUACUUACAAGUAACCAAAAUCUGCAUUAUCCUAAUCAUUCACUAAUUGCUAUAAAUGUAUUGAUAUUCCAGUAAUCUUACUAAACAGGCGUUGCUAAAAUUCUGUGUAUGUAGGGAUUAGCUUUUACUAUCAGGAAGUUGAAUAAUUUAAAAGGUCACAUCGCCUAAAGUUAAGAUUCGUCAAGCUGCUCCACCCUUCCCCUUUCAUGCACGCACUGGUGGACUUGGUAAAUAUGGCCCAUCACACACUACCAUUUGUCAAGGCAUGCGGUAGGUUAUGGCUUCUUGGAGGGUGUAACUUAUUGGCACUUGUUGGUUGGAAAGGUAUCGUAGUAUUCAUGACAGGUAUGGCAGCAAAUAUGGAUAAUGUAUUCUUUUUAUAUUUAGCGGUUAAAAGAAGUAACCUCAGUGCCCAGACUAUCAUCCCUUGCAUUUGUUAUUCAGACCACCUUGUUGAUAUCAUCCACCAGAUACCGUUAUACAAAACUGCAACCUUGAAAACUUGAAUGUAUGAAAAAAGAGAAAGUAUAGAGCGUUUGCAUACACUCGCGGCCUAAGAUACGAGUCCCAUCUUUCCAUGCUGGUGGGGUUGAACUAGCCUGAAUCUCACUUCUAUAAAGAAAUUAAAAUGGUGUGAAAA